AUGUUCCGCACACGGCUGAGGCUACCGCGCCGCCUCCCGGUGGUCUCCGUGCGCACCGCGGCUCAUGCCCGGAGGAGCCUGCACCAGGUGCCCCGGCUGAGGCACGACUUCUCCCAGGGCGUCCCCAACCUCAUGAGCCCCGGCGGCUUUGCCAUUGCCUGGACCGACUACAUGACCUUGAUGGUCGACAAGCUCAAUGCUCUGACGACCGGCACCGACCUCGAAGACAAAGACACAAAAACAAUCAUCCUCCUCACCGCCCGCGAGCCCACCAAGGCGCCCCUCUUCAACUACGCCUCCAUGGCCCACAACAACCACUUCUUCUUCCGCGGCAUCUGCCCCCAAGGCACCCCGAUGCCCCCCGUCCUGCGCAAGGAGCUCGAGGCCUCCUUCUCCUCCAUCGACACCCUGCGCCAAGAGUUCGUCCUCACCGCCCAGGCCAUGUUCGGCCCGGGCUUCCUCUGGCUCGUCAAGGCCGGCCCCGCCGACUACCGCCUGCUGCCCACCUACCUCGCCGGCUCCCCCUACCCGGGCGCCCACUGGCGUCGCCAAAAGACGGACAUGAACUCGAUCGGCGACGAGGGCUCCGCCCGGCCCUACCUCAGGAACCAGCUCUCGGGCGCCAAAAAGCGCACAGCCGAGCUGCCCCCUGGCGGCAUCGAGCUCGAGCCCCUCCUCUGCCUCAACACCUGGGAGCACGCUUGGUUGCUCGACUGGGGCGUCGGCGCCGGCGGCCAGGGCGGCAAGAUGGCGUUUGCUGAGUCCUGGUGGGAGCUCAUCGACUGGGAGCAGGUCGCCAAGCAUUCGGGCGUGCUGCGGCCGGAUUUCAAGUCGGCGGCGACUGAGGAGGCGGCUUAG